GUCGCGGCCGGCUCCCGCUCCCACUCGCUCGGGUGCGCGGGAGACUAUGGCGUCCUCCUCCGUCCCUCCCGCCACCGCGCCCGCGGCAGCCGGAGGCCCCGGCCCGGGGUUCGGCUUCGCCUCCAAAACCAAGAAGAAGCAUUUCGUGCAGCAGAAAGUGAAGGUGUUCCGGGCCGCCGACCCGCUGGUGGGCGUGUUCCUGUGGGGUGUCGCCCACUCGAUCAAUGAGCUUAGCCAGGUGCCGCCUCCAGUGAUGCUCCUGCCAGAUGACUUUAAGGCUAGCUCCAAGAUCAAGGUCAACAAUCACCUCUUCCACAGAGAAAAUCUUCCCAGUCAUUUCAAGUUCAAGGAAUACUGUCCCCAGGUCUUCAGGAACCUCCGAGAUCGAUUCGGCAUUGACGACCAGGAUUACUUGGUGUCCCUUACUCGAAGUCCCCCAAGCGAAACUGAAGGCAGCGAUGGUCGGUUUCUCAUCUCCUAUGAUCGCACUCUUGUUAUCAAAGAGGUGUCCAGUGAGGACAUCGCUGACAUGCAUAGCAACCUCUCCAACUACCACCAGUACAUAGUGAAGUGUCAUGGCAACACACUUCUGCCCCAGUUCCUGGGCAUGUACCGAGUCAGUGUGGAAAAUGAAGACAGUUACAUGCUUGUCAUGCGAAACAUGUUUAGUCACCGUCUCCCUGUGCAUAGGAAGUACGACCUCAAGGGCUCUCUAGUGUCCCGGGAAGCCAGUGAUAAGGAAAAGGUUAAGGAGCUGCCUACGCUUAAGGAUAUGGACUUCCUCAACAAGAACCAGAAAGUGUACAUUGGUGACGAGGAGAAGAAAGUGUUUCUGGAGAAGCUGAAACGAGAUGUGGAGUUCCUAGUGCAGCUGAAGAUCAUGGACUACAGCCUUCUGCUGGGUAUCCACGACAUCAUCCGGGGCUCUGAGCCGGAGGAAGAGGGGCCCGUGCGGGAGGACGAGUCAGAGUGGGACGGGGACUGUAACCUGGCCGGACCCCCUGCUCUGGUGGGCUCCUAUGGCACCUCCCCUGAGGGCAUUGGAGGCUACAUUCAUUCCCACCGGCCGCUGGGCCCAGGAGAGUUUGAGUCCUUCAUCGACGUCUAUGCCAUCCGGAGUGCUGAGGGGGCCCCCCAGAAGGAGGUGUAUUUCAUGGGCCUCAUUGACAUCCUAACACAGUAUGAUGCCAAGAAGAAGGCAGCUCAUGCAGCCAAAACUGUCAAGCACGGGGCAGGAGCGGAGAUCUCAACUGUCCACCCAGAGCAGUAUGCUAAGCGAUUCCUGGAUUUCAUUGCCAACAUCUUUGCCUAAGAGCCUGCCUGGCUCCACGGUGACUGCUGCUCUACGUUGAAGGUGGUGGGUUCUGAGAGUCUUAGGGGAACUGGAUUUUUCCACUACUUCUCUUCCUUGCUAAAUUCAGGCUGCAGGCUCCUUCCAACCCAAUCAUUCCAUCUUGGUGGAUAGGCUUUUCCUGCCCGAGAAGCACGCUGUCCUUUCUCCCCGCGUCCGUUUUGCUGCCCGCUCUCCCCACUCCCAGGAAGCCCUCUUGCUUCAUUAGAGUGCUGUUGUUGACUCCUAAGUGCCUUGAUCUUUGAAAAAUACCUUGUUUCUAUGAAAUAGGAGGAGCUGGGGGUAGGGGUUGUUUGCCGUCUUCGGGACCUGACAGGACAGUGGACGUGCCUCAAGCAGCCACCCCGAUGCACUUUCCUGUGUGGGAGAGACUGAAUGCCUGGGUCUCGCUGACGCCUGUGUACGCUGAUGCCUGUGUAGGGCUCUUGUGGCGAUGCUUUCUUCCUGCAGGCCCUGGGAUGGAGGGUUCUCAGGAGACUGCAAGUGUGGGUCCUGCAAGUGUGGGUGCAGGCAUUCACGCGUGGACAGUCAGCAGGCUGGCACCUCACAGGCAGGACCCAAGCGGACUUUUGUGACUAUGCAGAGAAUGGAGAAAGGUCCCUGUCAACCAUUGACUACUAUCCAUUCUCUUCCCCCAUUCCACCCCGCUUUGAUCUGUAGCCAUGAGUACUUCUGGAUCAGGAACCCAGACACGGCCGGGCCAGAGCUGUCCGAGCCGAGCCUAGGGCCAGGUGUGAGGCCUCUGCUGCUGCACCUGCCCAGAGCCUUGCACCUUUGCUGGGGUGCACCCUUCCGCGAGGGGAUAGAGCGGUGGAGCCUGGGAGGACAGGUCAGGGUACCAGGUUCAGUCCCUAUGUGACAUUCCUUUCUUCCUGUCCAGUAAAUCCCAAGGUCCCUUUGUAGCCAAGGGAACAGCUCCAUGUGACUCGGUUUCCAUAAUUUCAAGAGGACAGAGAUCUUGAGUGUGGGAACCUCCCCAUCCCCUGGACAUAAGUACCCAGCACACAUCCUCCCUCUUCGCAGACACUUUUUCUAGUUGGGUUUGUUAUUCUGUUCCCUUCUGUCCCAUCUCUCACUGCUAAUGUGUCUCCCGGGGGACAGAUGGCCGCCUUUGUCAUCUUCCCACCCCCAGAGAGGAGUCAGAGCCAUAACUCCAUCACCCGGCCCCUUCCAAAGAUAGUUGAGUUAGUGUGUGACACCCUCAGAAUGUAGAGGAGCUUACACAGCAGCUAAUGCCUGUAAAAACCCAGCACUCAAGGAGGCCGCAGCAGAGUCAGUGAGGGUCCAAGGCUCGCUUGAACAGCCUGUGCUACAGAGUAAGACAUGGUCUCAGGAAAACUCAAAAAGAGGUAUGGGCUUGAGCCCUGGAGAUUAUAACUCAGUCGGUAGAGUGCUUGCCUAGCAUGUACAAAGCUCUGGGUUCCAUCCCCAGCACCAUGUAAACCAGGUGUGGUGGUGCACACCUAUAAUUUUAGCACUUGGGAAAGGAAGGCAGGGAGGAUCAGGUAUUCAGGGUCGCCCUCAGUUACAUAGCAAGUUUGAGGCCAGCCAAGGAUAGAUGCUGGAGACUGUCUGGGAAAACAAGAUUCUGCAAUGAGAUAGAUUGUCUUGUCUCUGCCCAGAGCCUUUGGCAUGGUUGCUGUUCUGUUCACCUUUAGGCCUCCACGCCCUGGGGAUGGGGAGUGGGCAGUAAGGGCACAAAGCCGCUUUGCUGUGUGACUGGCCCGACCAGUCACUCUCAUAAGAAGCCAUGAGGUCCUGGGGAGAAGUCCCCUCUCACCUUUACACCAAAGGAAGCGGCAAAAGGCAGGCCCAGCAGGGGUGGGAGGGGCCUGCCUGCUGGGUCUCUCCCAUCCCAUAAUCACCCUUUUCCCUCUUGAUGCAAUAAAGCCCCAUGACACCAGCAGCCCCUCCUUAGAACUGGAUUCUCCAGCCAUGAGGUUGAGUAUUAUGGGCAGUAUGGUCAUCUUCAUUUAUUGCUUCUGUUUUCCAUCAUUUUUUUUAUUAAUAAAAAGCUGUGUUUACCUGUAUUUACUCCUAAUACACAGUAAAAUAAAUUAUUCAGUCCAAAUCA